AUGAAACUCAAGUCACCAGACACCCCCCGACACCCCAGUCCCCUAAUCGUGCCCGAGGUUGAGGAUAUCGCCAGAAAAAAGCUACCCAAGCAUAUCUACGAGUUCUACGCUUUUGGCUCUGAUGAACAGAAAGCGCUUGUUCGGAAUGAGAAGGCUUUCGACAGGUGUGUGCUCUCCUCUCCUCUACAAUACGCUUUCCCAUCGAGUCCAGAACAUCCGAUAUUUACUAGCGCCGCCGGAUACCAAGCCCUCAUCUUGACCGUGGACACCCCCGUACUGGGGAAUCGGCUCGCGGAACGACAAACGGCAGUGACAUUACCUCCUGGAAUGAAGUUACCGAAUCUCGACAACAAGCACCGAGCAUCUGAAUCUCAGCCCAGCGUUAACAGACUCUUUCAUGAACACCAAAUCCGCUACCAAAGCGAAGGCGCUACGAGAUGCCGCGUGCUCGACGAUGCACAGCUCCAGUUUAACCUGGACCGACACGAUCGGGUUCCUUCGCUCGGUGACCAGUAUGAAAAUCAUCCUAAAAGGCAUCAUAGCGGCCUAGGAUGCGGUACUAGCAGUAGAACAUGGUGUGGACGCGAUCAUCGUGUCGAAUCACGGCAGUGUUCAAGGCGUUGGCGCUGGGGGCAGACUUUGUGCUGGUCGGUCGCCCGGCGCUUUGGGGGUGACAUUUCAGGGUCAGGCCGGGGUGGAGACGGUGAUGAAUAUUCUAGUACGGGAGUUGAGUCGGACGAUAGCGCUGGCUGGGGUUAG